AGGUCACAUAUCCUUUAAUGACGGAACGUUUCACUUCAUUAUUGAGUGAGAUAAGCAUAUCUUAGAGAGUUAGAGCCUGUUUACCAGGGGUUAUUUGGUUGAAGUGGAGAAUGGGCUGUGAGUCUAUUUCAUUUUUUUUAUUACAAUAACUCAUAUCUAAAAAUAAGUAGCAUCAUUUAUCUUCAUUUAAACUAUUUCACCCAAAAGGCACACACACAUUACUUAAUAUUAUUAUCAUCAUCAUCACUAAUGACAUAUUGGUAUUUUUAUCAUAUUUAUUACUAUUAUAAUCCAAUUUAGCUACUGCAUGCAAAUAAAGCAUUGUUUGCCAAAAAACAUUUGUGAUAAACAAAAAUAGUAGUUACCAAAUGGCAACCUAAACUUGUCCUACUCUUUGUCAUAAAUAAAAUUUAUAAUAUGCAGAGUGUAUAUCUUUCAGAUGAAGUUGUUGCAUUUUUGUUUUUAAGUUUCUUUCAAAAAAAAUGUGUUUAUGUGCAUAGACAGAUUAGAAGAAGAUAUCCUUAACCUGUUUCAUUGAUGCAGCUGACUUUUCUUGCAAUAGUGAUGUUCAAAGAGCAAUUCCUUAUCUGAAAAAGGCAUAUGGUGACAGCAUGCAUAAAGUGUUGCACGUUGGCCCUGACACUUGCUCAGUUAUUUCCAAACUAUUAACAGAUGAGGACACUGAAGCUUGGGGUGUGGAGCCCUAUGAUAUUGAGGAUGCUGAUAUUCAAUGCAAGAGACUUGUGAAAAAGGGCAUUGUACGAGUGGCUGAUAUUAAGUUUCCUCUUCCAUACCGAGCAAAGUCAUUUCAUCUUGUGAUUGUGUCUGAUGCAUUGGACUACUUGUCACCUAAGUACCUCAACAGAACACUUCCUGAAAUGGCUAGGGUAUCUUCAAAUGGCCUUGUUCUCUUCACAGGCAAAACUACGCAGCUCUACUUGGUGGAUCCGGUAUUUUAUUGAGACAAGUUUAGAGCAAAAUGAUGCUGCCAGUAAGAAGUUUGAGCAAGCUGCAGUGAAAAGAUCAUAUCAUCCAACUUGCCAAAUAUUUCAUCUCAAGUCCUAUAAUUGAUGAAUCAAAAUGAAACAAUGAAGAGCAGAACACAGUCUUUACCUGGUACCUUUGCACCACCAGAUUAUUAAUUCUUAUUUGUGAUGGUGGCGCUUCUUUGUGCAAACCAAACAAAAUUUUGGUGGAGAUAUUCUUUUUGAUGAACUUCAGCCGUCUGGUAGUAAAGAGUCUUGCUUGUAGUAUUGUUUGUAGUUUUAUAAUAAACACUUCUUUUUUCUAUAGGGUGGGUAUAGAAUAGAUUUUGCUUCAUUUUGUUUGUAAUUCAAUAGGUAUAGUAGUGCAUCACAAGUGGAUGUUCCCAUAGGCCUUUGACUAGAAUAUUUUGUAUUUUGAAUUAAUAGGUUCUUUGCUUCAGAGAUUUUUUUAAAUCAAAAGAUGAAGCAGAGCAAAACUAGUGUUUCUUUUCUUUCUCUGCAGUACUCGGAGAAAAUGAAUUAAUGAGGGAAGUCACAUGUUCUUGUCGAA